AUGUCCAAUCAGGGACAGAGAAACAAUAAAAGAUAUAUGAAUGAAUGGAGAAAUUGUGACAAUGGAUCUGAAAUGGAAAUUGUAAAGGUUAACUCCGCAACACUUCGCUACAGCGCCCGCCUAUUCUCCCGUCAACAACCUCCUCGUCUCCAGCUUUCCAACGAACCCUCAUUUGUCCCAAUUGGUGCAGUAGUUCCUGAGAUAUGGCCAUUGACAGGUGCUGUCAAGUUAUGGGAUUUUCAUUAUGCUCCAUGGGUAAAGGAGGAAGUUGUGGAGAUCUGGGGAGGGGGUGAAAUUGGUGGUGUGGUUGGGUGUGGGAAUUUGGCUUGGGACUGUUGGGAAUGGCGGGAAAAAUAUGGAAAAAUAGGGAAUGGGUGUAUGGAGUGUUGGAUAGUAAGGGGAUGA